AUGCAACGAAAUGUCAUACAAUCAAACAGUGGAAGAGGCCUGCGGAGUAUUUUGGAUCAAUAUGAGGAUUUCAAGCUCAUCAUGCAGCUUCGCAAAAAUGGACGGGGGAAUUAUUACAGAUAUCAACAGAAAUUGUGGCCAUCAGCUGAGGCUUUAGAGAGAGAUAUGACGGAGAGACUUUACAGCAGCACCGAACGCACUCCCCUCGCGCUUUUGCCGCAACCGAAAAGAGCACCAUCGCCUCGCACAUGUGUGCUUGAGGGGUGUGGUGCAGCGGCAUUGUUAGAAGGAGCGGAAAAUGCCGUACAGAUCAGUGAGGACCUAAACGACAAUCAAAAGGAAGUGAAUGAGCCGUUAGAUCUCACGGACUCGACGGAAACAAUGUUUGCCGAGCUUUAUGGUACGGAUCAGAGUAUCAAUAAUAAAAUCAUCACAGAUAACGACCUACAGGGGACUGUGCUGGAAGCGGCUCAACAGCGUGCGAGGACUCUCAUAUUCAAUGACCUUCGGGUUAAUGAGCUCGCAACUUCUCCAGCAGUUGCGUCCACUAAUUCGAGAAGAACAACAACAAUACUGUCCGCCAAAGAUAAAGGUAGCAUGGCGUGGGAGGCGCUCGGGCUCUGCCCCACGUUGAGUAAACAAGUUAUAGCUAAAUACAGUGCAGCGCCCACGCGACUUCAGUGUCGCCUCCUUCCCGCCCUUCUUCAUGAAGAUCAUAACGAUGUAUUGUUUAAUGGCGUGACGGGGAGCGGGAAAACUAGUGCGCUUCUUCUUGCCCUCUUACAAGCGGUCCGAAACGAGUCUGCCGGACUGAAUGUAUUUGUUGCUAGUAAUGCCAUUACUGCCAUGCGAGCCCGCGACCAGUUGCAGGCACUCUGUGGGGAACUGGGUGGUGCCAUGGUGGACCGACCUCGAGACGAUUUCACAUGGUUGUUUAUGGGCAUCUUUUCAGGAGAAUAUGAGGCGUACUAUCGAACCCUUCGCCGUUCCCUGAAUAGUGAUCACGGACCCGUGCGGAUCUUUAUAACGACGGCAGACACUUUUUGCCAAUUGUUAUUCGAAAAGAAAAUGGAGUUCGAGGCAUUUGGUUAUCUUCGCCGUGUUUACGUUGAUGAUGUGGGUGUACAACUUCCAAUGGUGCCCCCUCAUGCUCCCGUACACGAAAUGCGGGAGAGGCUUCGGAAUCCGCUCCCAUGCGAACUGUUGCUUGGAACCCUGCAUCAACUGCCGGGGCCUCACAUUCGAUCCAUCUUGCAGCUGGGGCUCGUGUCGGCCGAUAUGGAAACUGCGCUCAAAGAUCAUUUAAAGUCGUUGUGCGUAAAAUUGGAGCGCCACACGAUUGUUCUUUCCGCUGUGCGCAUUCCCUCAACGAUACACUGUCUUUUUAGCUUUCAUCUCGCCCACGAGGAUGUGUACGAAUACGUUGUGCAACUCAUCUGGAAUGCACGGGCUACGAUCCCUGGUCGGGCGGUGAUAUAUGUCCGCUAUGAAGACAACAUCCUACAGGUGCGCACGAAGCUACGCCAGCUUGGAAUGGAUGUAAAGCUCUUCUCAGAAGUUUACCAUGAUGGUGUGUUUCGUGACUCAUGGAAGUUUCUCUUGCUACAUGAAUCAGAGGCGUUUGGGGUUGACUUACCGCUUGUCUCGCAUGUCUUCAUCACAUUUUGUCCCCACAGCACAUGUUCCUUCCAGCAUAUGUGUGGUCGAACCGGACGACUGGGAAAUGUUGGUUGGGUGUACACCAUAACAGACAAACGUGAAGCAAAGGCCGUGCGUGAGGUGGUCACACAGCUGGAAGUUGAUUUUUGUAGUCACGUGGUUGACAGCAAUCUUGCACAAGUGCCACCCAGCGAUAUGGACCGCCUAACAAAGGAGUUUGAGCUAUAUGGGUUGGAUCCGCAGUAUGCAGUGAGGCAACACUACGUUGUCCAGAGUGAGAAUCCAGACAUGGCGUACCGCAGUCGUGAGUUCUUUAGUAAGCCGGCGGAAAAGCAGUUCCAGAUGGAGGACUACACGCCAACGCCGGUGUUGCAUAGGCGGUUCGUUAACGCAAAGAAGUUGGCUAAGGACGUGGAACGGGACCCUUCUGUGGCACUCACCUUACAGAAGGAAGGAUUACUGAACAGCAAACUUGCUCCAACGAAAAAAAUGAGAAACCUUCUCAACAACAAGAGCCGAAGCUUCAAUGCAGCACUUUAUGGUAUGAAGAGUAAUAAAUAA